AUGGCACCAAUCUGUCAGAAGAUUCUGGUCGAAGCCGAGGAAGUUUCCCGCCUGGUUGAAAGGGGUGACCUUGUCGUGAAUGUGCGGGAAGCGGAGGCGACUGAGUUUCACAACGCAGAAGAAUGGCAGGACAAAUAUGAUGGGGAGCGUCAGCGGAGGCAAAGCGCCCAGAUCAAGCUGACAAGUCUGCAAGCAAAGCUCGAGAGCGCGACGCAAGCGCUGGCUGCAAGGGAAGAAAAGUGCACUAGCAUGAAGAGGGAACUUCAGACAAUGCAGAGUGAGCUUGCAACUAGCUCGGAGAGAGAGGGCCGGCUGACCAAGGACUUGGCACAACUGAAGGAGAGGUUAGCGGAUGAGAAAGCUCAGGGGGAGGGGGCCGUCAGGGCUGAGAAGCUCAGGCAUGAGACGGAGCUUAAACUUCACACCGAGCGGCUCAACAGAGAGCGGCAAGAGCUCGAAAAUAUGGCCAGCCGUGAAGGAGCAGAGAGUUUGGCCGGGGCUCAGAAAAAAGUCUACGCGGCCAGUCAAACGGUCAGAGGGUCCGAACAAUCGGACAGGAUCAAGCGGUCUGGGGCGGACGCUCGGGGUAAAGCGCAGGGGGCACAGGAGGAGCCUGACUGCUCAUCCCUCAAAGACCGGCUAGCGCAGACGGAGGCCAAGCUGCACGAAACCGAGAGACGCCUGCAGCAGGCUACGUCGCUUUCCACGGAGAUCGAAAAGGAGUUGGCGCGGGUGAAGCAGCAGCUUGCGGGGUCCUCGGACGCGAACCGCUUCACCAACCAGGCCUCGCUCGGUUCGGCUAUGAGGCGGGUUGUGAAGAGCAUUGCGGCCUGCGCCCAGAGCCUGACGCACGAGCCGCAAGCCACGGGGCGGGAGCUCGCUUCACGGGCUGCCAGGGAAUGCAGGCUGAGCAGCCUGCUCUCGGACGUCCUUUUCGAGGGGUUCGAGAACGAGAGCUUCAGAAGGGGGGGCUCGGCAAGCCUCUACGGGAGGGCCGAGCGCUGCGCCAAGUACGAGCAGUCCUACGUGGCGUUCGUAGAGGGUGACGCCCCGGAGUCAGCGGAGUUUCGGGCGUUUGCGGACGAGAAGACGCGCGUCCUGGCCGCGAACAUCCGUGACAAGGGGGGCCGAGACUUCGACAAGAACUGGGCGGAAGCGCUCAGACACGUGUACGCCCUCCAUUUGCUGGCGCUAGCGUUCACCGUCCCUCCCAGAUUGAUCCGCCGGCAGCAGGGGGAUCCCUUCGACCCAAUGUUCUGCGAGCUUGAUCCGGCUUGCUCGACUAACGGCGGGGCGUUCACUAAGAAAGUAGCGUUUUCAGUCUAUCCGGGUCUUUGCCUCCUGGACGAAGUCGUACCGGGGCUGAAGUGCCAAGUGUACUUGGAACCUAUGCAGGCAGGCAGUAACCGAUUUGCUUGA